AUGAAAAUCUUCGUUGCUAUGGCGGCUUUCGCCGCCGGCACAAACGCUCUCGUCGGCCGCAGUGAUAAUUGCUGCUUCCAUCUGACCUCAACUGGGGAUCUUUCCGGAGACCUCGGCCAGAUUGGAGAUGGCCAGGUGCGUAUUGGCGACAACACGCUGCCGCAAUCAUCCUUCUGCAUCGAUUCCAAUGGUGGAAUCACCGACGCUGCUGGUCGUGGAUGCAUCCUCACCCCUCCAACUACCCAGUUCCAGUGCGACGAGGGUGCUACGCCGACCCCCGGCUUCUCCAUCUCGUCUUCCGGACAGCUGGAGUUUAAUAAUACCGCAGCCUUUAUUGCUUGCCAGACUGGUCAAAAUGAUGGUCGGAAUGUUUAUACCACGAACAGCACUUCCGUCACUAUGUGCUCUAGUAUCCAAUUGAACACUGACUCGUGCUCUGGCUCUGGCCCUGGCCAUGGUGGAGGUGGAGGUGGAGGUUCGCCUGGUACUUCUCCCGGUGUUACUUCGCCCGGUGGCACUUCACCUGGCGGUACUUCACCUGGCGGCACCUCCCCUGGUGGAAGCUCACCUUCUGGCGGAGCAGUUCCUGGAGGUUCCCCAGGUGGCACUUCACCUGGUGGAAGCUCACCUGGCGGUACUUCAUCUGGUGGCACCUCCCCUGGUGGAAGCUCACCUUCUGGCGGAGCAGUUCCUGGAGGUUCCCCAGGUGGCACUUCACCUGGUGGCACCUCACCCGGUGGAAGCUCACCUUCUAGCGGAGCAGUACCUGGAGGCUCAUCCAGCGGUGGCUCCGGAUCUCCUGGAACUUCUCCUGGUGGAAGUUCCCCUAGUGGAAGCUCUCCUAGCGGCAGUUCUCCUAGCGGCAGUUCUCCUAGCAGCAGUUCUCCUACUAGUGGUAGUUCUCCUAGUGGCAGUUCUCCUAGUGGCAGUUCUCCUAGUGGCAGUUCUCCCGGUGGUACUUCGCCAGGCGGUACUUCACCUGGAGGAGGUCCUUCUGGAGGAGAGUGCGCAAGUCAAACUGCCACUGGCUGUAGUUGUCCUGCGCCUGGUGGCGGAUCGUCUGCUGGUGGUUCCCCCGGAGGCAGUUCACCUGGCGGAGGAGGAGGCUCUUCUAGUGGAGGCUCUCCUGGCGGUGGGAGCAGUUCCCCUGGCGGAGGCUCUCCUGGUGGUGGUUCUCCUGGUAGUGGUUCUCCUGGUGGUAACUCCUCUGGUGGAGGUGGAGGCUCCCCCGGCGGUGGUAGCGGUUCCCCUGGCGGAGGGUCCCCUGGAGGUAGUUCUCCUGGUGGAGGAGGAGGCUCUUCUAGUGGAGGCUCUCCUGGCGGUGGUAGCAGUUCCCCUGGCGGAGGCUCUCCUGGUGGUGGUUCUCCUGGUGGUGGUUCCCCUGGUGGUUCCCCUGGUGGUUCCCCUGGUGGCGGCUCGGCCACCUCUACUUCCCACAGCACUCCAUCUUCCACCGGCUCUUCAAGCGGCAGCUGCCCUACUGACCUCUCGGGCAACCAUGAAAAGCCUCACUUGAUCAUCACCCUUGACUCGUCCUCCCCUGGCAACACCGCCGGGACAGGGUCCAAUGGCACUGUGACGUCGACAGUCUCAAGUGUUUUCAACUUCGACAUCCCGGCAUCAGACACUGGCAAGACGUGCAGUCUGGUCUUUCUCUUCCCCAAACAGCAGGAUCUGGAGACCGCAGCAUUCACCUUUAGCGGCGAUGGCAUGAUCGACUUUUCCAAGCUGUCUGGUCAAGUGACCCCAUCGACCACAUCGAGCAACCUCCCAGCUGUUGCGGAAGACCUGGGGGUGAUUACAGUUUCUCCGGGCAAUUCAUAUGUGGUUUCGACAUUCGCUUGCCCUGGUGAUCAAAGUGUUGCCUUUGAGAUGAAGAAUGCCGGACGCACCGAGUUGAAUUUCUUCGAGGAUUACAAUCCUUCUCCGCUGGGUCUGUUCAUCACUGUGUGUUAA